AAGACGGGUGGUUGUGGGAUCGGCCUGCAGAAGGCGCUGGAGCUAGGGUACCGCUUUUGAGCUCACCUGUGGCACGAGGAUCUGGAAAGCGUCACUCGGAGGUCCGUUUCCCAGACGAGCACCGCUCGGCACGAACCACGAUGGACUUCCCCAGCUCCCUCCCGCCCUCGUUGUUUAUGACUGGUCCCCUUGGUCUGAGCGAUGUCCCUGAUGUGUCCUUCAUGUGCAGCUGGAGAGAUGCGCUAACCCUACCAGAGUCCCCACCCCAAGCCUCUGAGAACGGGGCUCCACAUUUGGCGAAGGGCCUGCUCUGGGAGCCAGACACCCCUGGGCCCCUUCCUUUGCUGCCUCCUGGUCCCGAUCCCUGGGACCCUGGCUUGACUGCCCGGGAUCUGCUUUUCCGGGGAGGCUACCACUUCCGAAGACAGCCCCGCGCUGUGCUGGACGUUACUGAGCAGCUCAGCCAGUUCCUGUGGGACCAUGGGGAUAUCGCCUUUGCACCCCUGGGGAAGCUGAUGCUAGAGAAUUUCAAACUGGAAGGAGCUCAGAGUCGCUCUAAGAAGAAGACAGUGGUCAGUGUGAAGAGGCUACUCCAGGACCUCGGUGGACACCAGCCCUGGGGUUGUCCCUGGGCUUACCUCAGCUACCGACAGCGCCGUUUCUCCAUCCUUGGGGGCCCCGUCCUGGCUACAUCGCUGGCGAGCCUCCUGGGAGAGCUGCUACAGGAGGAGCUGGCAGCACGGUGGGAGCAGCUGCUCCUGGACGACGCCUUCACUGGGGGUGCACUGGCCUGGGUGCCUGGCAGGACGCCCGGGGCCGGGCAGCUGGUCUACCCUGCAGGAGGCGCCCUGGACAGGCUGUAUUUCCAAAAGGUCAGUCUGACCCCAGGCAGUGAGCCCCGGGUUCUCGGGGACCCUGGCCACAUCCAGCUCCGCGGACCUGUCCGGCAGGUGGUGACCCGCACUGUGCAGGGAGAAGGUAAGGCCCAUAGACACCUCCGUCCCCUGCUGACUGACUUGCUGCCUGACCAUGACCCUGACCUUCUCUGUCCCUCAGCUCUGCUGGCAGUCCGCUCUGACUACCACUGUGCACUGUGGAAGGUCGGUAAGCCAGGGCAUCUGGCCCCUCUCCAGGUGCUGCAGGUUGAGAAGGGGGCCACCGGGAUCAGCCUCAGCCCUCACCUGCCAGGAGAGCUGACCGUCUGCAGCCGUUCUGGAGCUGUCUGUCUGUGGAACCCCCAGGACGGGCUGCGGCAAGUCCACAAGGACCCCGAGACCCUUGUAUUCCGAGACCCCUCUCCCUGGCGUUGGGCAGACUUCACCGCCCACCCUCGAGUGCUGACUGUGGGUGAUCGCACUGGAGUGAAACUCGUCGACACUCAGGGUCCGCCGGGCUGUGGUCUGCUGCUUUUUCGGGGUGGGGCGGAAGCAUCGUGCCAGAAAGGGGAACGUGUCCUACUGACCCAGUACCUGGGGGAGUGCAGCCCCGAGUCUCUGCAGCCCACAUUCCACCUUGUCUGUACCCAGUUCUCGCUCUACCUGGUGGACGAGCGUCUCCCCUUGGUGCCUCUGCUGAAGUGGAACCAUGGCCUCUCUUCCACUCCUGUGGUGGCCCAGCUGCUGCCCCCGCCCCGCCCUGGCUGCCCACGGCCACUGCUCCUGGCAGGCCAGGCCGGAGAGCUGCAGUUGCUGCACAUCGCAGGAGAGGGGGCCUCCACGCCCCGGCUGGCAGGGCCCCCGCAGUCUCUCCCCUCCAGGAGCAACUCUCUCUCUGCCUUCCCCCUGCUGGAGCCCAAGAGUCAGUGGCGGCUGCAGGAGCGGCUGAGCGCGCCAACUAUAGGUCUGGCCGCCACUGUCCUGCCCUCUGCCUCCACACCAGUCCUGUCACUCUUCCAACUCUCGGCAGCUGGAGAUGUCUUCCACCAGCGCCUCCACCUCCAGGCAGACCCCAGGCCCGACUCUCCUGCCCCCACGGCUUCCUGGACCCCCCGGGCCACUUCCCGCUGCAGCCGGUGGCUGAAGACCCUGCUAGAGGUGCCUCUGGCUCCCCCGAUGUGGGCUGCACCCACCUUCUCCCACCGCCGUCUGCUGGGCAGCUUUGAGUCACGGGAGGUUGAGGGGAAAGUGCCAGAGGGUCUCCGCACAGCCAUGGCCGAAGGGCGGCUCCUGCAGCACAGGGACCUGGGCUUGCUCCCAACCAGAGAGCAGCCCCCUGCCCCCGAGCCGGGCCCUGAGGAUGAGCUCAGUGAGCGUUUGGAGGCAGCCUGGGAAGGCCGGGUGGCGGCCUGGUGGGAGAGGCGUCAGGGUGGCAGCUCAGGGCCUGGAAAACAGCCCAAGCGGCACAAGCGCCGGACUCAGCUGUCCAGCACCUUCUCCUCGCUCAGCGGCCGCUUGGACCUCUCGGAUGCCACCAGCCCUCCUCCCAGCCCAGACCGGACAGUUCCUGAGGCCAGGCCUCAGCCCCCAGUGACCCCGCCCUCCCAGGAGUUGACCCAGGAGCCGUGGGCAGAGGGGAUCCCCUCGGAGCGGCAGCAAACUCUCCGGGACUACAUGGCUGAACUGCCUCUCCAAGGGGACACCCCAGGAGAGGCCUCUGCACCCUCCUCCCAGACUUCCAGCAUCCGAGGCACCUCCUCUAGGCAGCAGACCCUCCGGGACUGCACUGUCAAGCUGCAGCUCCGAGGAGACACUGCAGGGGGUGCUUCCAUGCCCUCCUCCCAGACCUCCAGCGUCCGGGCCACCCUCUCCAGGCAGCAAGCAGCCAUCCUCUCCGGCUCUCAGCCGCUCCGGAAGAAGCCCCGCAUGGGCUUCUGAGGGCCUGGGAAGCUGCCUCCACCUCCAGGGAGCCCCUCAUCCUGGACCAGCUGUGCCUUUCAUGGUGGAAACAGGAAACAGAACAGUCUCUGGGGUGUGGACCUUCCUGCUUCCCAAAGGCCAUUGUGACUG